AGGCAUAAAAAUGAUAGGUGAGAUUGUGUGGUGAUGAAGUCAUCUGACUAGAGAAGCUUAUAGGAGAUGAAAUGCUGUGGCAAACAGUCUCUGGAGCUUGCAUUCUUCUCACAUUAUGUGCAAUGUGUAAGGGCCAGUGUCCUAGCACAGUAUGGACAGAACCGUCCAGAGACUGGUGCGUUGGACCACCUGCGACCCACACUAUCGGGGACCUCUUCAUGAAAACCGAUCUGUCAGACACUGUUCUGGCUGUGACACUGCUUCCAAAAGUGAGCUUGGGGCUGUUGAACCAUUUCCUGGAUGGGUUCGUCCUCAGCUAUACCUCAGAUACGGAACAACUCACGUGGUAUUAUUACAAGGAAAAGUCUGGCCCAAGUGGCAAAUAUACUGUGAAGGUAUUUCCUGGUCUGACAGCCACAGAGAUGGAAUCACCUGGUCCUCUACCUACACUCUACCUGUCGACUCCUGUCACCUGUACCGCUCUACGUCUGCAUGUGCGACCCAUUUUCCCGAUCAGUGGUGCUUGUAUGGGAGCAGAUCUAGUGCUGUCAAGCUGUGCAUCUAAUCCACAGACUCCAACCCACUACCCAAACCCUACCUGUGGUGCUGGUGAACAGCUUCAGUAUGGAUUCUGCAAGGCCGUAAAUGAUUCAUAUGCAUUCGGGAAUAGCAACCUGAAAACAGCAGCUCUGGCCCAGUCUGGCUGUGCACUAAGGGGAGGUAACUUAGUGUCUUUUCGCUCAGAAGCUGAGAUGGAUGCAAUGAUCACAGAGCUGACAGCUGCUUCGCCAGGAAGCACCUGGAUCAUAGGGUUGGUACGGAAUGACCUGGGUGAGUACAGGUACUGGAUGGAUGACAGUGAGGUGGACUUCACUGCCUGGGCCACAGGACAUCCCACCUAUGACCUGGCCGUUCGUCCAAUGACCAUUCUCAACAAGAACCUAGGCUGGAGAUGGAUGUCAGGGGCCCAGAACCAAAAGGCAAGGUUUACCUGCAGGAUUGACAGAAGACAAAGCCGUCGCCUGGUCGGAGGUUAUUACAAAGCUCCCUCGACUCACCUCUCUUCUAGUCAUUACGUAACAGAGGGGUCUUUCUCUUCCUAUCUGAGAAACAGCUUGGUUAAUGGCCGGUUUGGACAGGAUCCACAUUUCUAUGUGAACACCUCACCUGAAGUCUACCAAAGAGACGAUGGCUUCAAACCCGUAUUUACCUGGCCAUAUCAUACCAAGGGGCCCUACAUGGAGGUGAUCUUUGAUAUGCCAAUGGUGAUUGAGGCAGUGAUGUUUAUGAACACACCUACUGGCCCUGGACCAAACAAGUUCACCUUCAAGUACAGCGCUAACAGUUACUUGAUCACCUACACAGAGUCGGGUCAACAAAAGGUAUUUGAGAUAGCACCGGGCACUGAUUACCCUGUAGUGGCUGUACUGAACAUCCCGGUGGAGACGAUGCUCUUUUCUGCUAGCCUGGUAACAACAGGGGACACAUCAACGCAGCUGUUCUGGGAUGUCAUUGGCUAUAUGUCAGAGAGCAUUCAGCAGAUGGACUUGUGUGUGCUAGCAGAUCAUGGCUGUACCCAGACUUGUCUGAUCACUCCGGGGAGUUACAGGUGUGACUGUGAUGUUGAUUACAGGAUGGGACCAGAUGGGAAAACCUGUAUCCAUGAAAUUGUAUGCCUCUCUCACUAUGAGAAAAUUGGUCAAGAGUGUUAUCGAAUAGUGCGGUCUCCAGUGACUUACAGUGAAGCCAUGUCCACUUGUGCAAUUGAUGGAGCCACGCUGACCUCCAUCCAUAGCAACCAGGAGUUUGAGCUCCUCAGACGCAAGCUCACAGGUGCCAGCGUCAACUUUUUCAUAGGUCUGAGCGGUACAAAACUUCUGAGGGAGAGGUGGUCAGAUGCCAGCUGGGUGGACAGAACAUACUUCCACAGUGAAGUUCCUGAGGUGUUAGCUGAACCACAUGUAGUUUACAUGGAUAAAGAUGUGGCAUGGGCCUGGGGCUUUGGCCCUCAAGCCUCCACUACUGCAGGAUACAUCUGUAAACAACUGGACAAUUAUUGUGCCGUCCCUCAGCUGGCUGGACCUUUCCCUCCCUAUUACACCAUCACCUCCUCCUCCGGGACAGCCGAUGACAUCAUACUUAGCUCCCCGGACAUGAACGCCUUCCUUCAUGAUGAUAACACCGGGGAAUCCCCAGUUUGGGUAAAGGUAGCUUUUCAGGACGAGUUGACCAUCACAGGGUUUAUUUUCAGCUCCGGGAAUGAGGCUGGAGUCCAGUCUUUUUGGCUAUUUUAUAGCACUGAUGAUGUUGGUUACCACCCAGUCCUGGAUAAGUUGGGAGAAAAUCAACAGGUAUUCACCCUAGGUCGUCCCCCCUCUGGUUUGGCAUAUUUCUGGAUUAUACCAAUUGUAGCAUCUUACCUACGACUGGAGUAUAACAGGCCAGGUCAAAAUAGCCUGAGGAAAGGGAUCGCCAUGGAGGUGCUGGGAUGCCCUGUGGCUGCUGGUGUGUCGACGUCUCACUACUGUGACUCGGGUGCCGAGUACCUGAGGAGGUUCCCUGAUCAUGACCGGGAAUUCCAGUGCCACCGCUAUUGUCAGGGCUAUUCUGUAGACAACACUGUCACCUGUGCUGACAGCUAUAUGUGCAAGAUCAAUUUUUGUCCCAAAUUAAGUGAUUGUUACGAGAAUCAUGUCGGCCUUAACUGUGUGUGUGAACCAGGUUUUACGGGACCGUUGUGUGACCAAGUGAUCCUUCGUGGGGUCCAGCUGAUUGCUUCCUCUCCCGUUGGAUACAACACUGACGAUCUCUACAUCGCUCUCUUCAUGGAGGCUAGUCCAGAGGACACUGUCAUUUACAUGGACUUUGGCGACGAUUUCUACAUCGAAGUACGCUACAAACACCUGGCCACUGUGAACGACAUUGCCACUGAACAUCCUACCUACAAUUUGACCUUCCUCGACUCGUACAGUCUCGACGGACACAUCGGAUAUGUGGUGCCAUACCGCUUCUCCUACAUGGGUUUAUAUAACUUGUCAGCAGUGGCAACUUCGCACUACCACACCUAUGCUCUUUACUUUGAAGUGGCAGUCAUCACUGAUAAUGCCUGUCCUACAAGUCUGGCCGUCAGUAGUUUACAACCCAGUUACCUGGACAGAAAAGUGUACCUGGACUCAGUGGACAUCAGAUUUCUGAGUGAUGUCAAUAUAGCAUGCAGAGCUAAGAAUGUACUGUCUAAGGAGUGGGAUUGGAGGGUAUACUUCCUGACGGAGUUCCUCCCACAGCCCGAUCCUCACAACCGUGUUAUCUUCACGUCCAGGACGGCCACGGACGAGUCCAGUCUGGUGAUACUCCCCAAAAUGCUACCCCCGGGGCUGUACAAAGUUGAGGCUCAUCUCCACUUAAACAUUACCCCUGGAGAUGUGGAAGUUAAAGCUAGUGCUUCUGGGUACAUAGUUGUGAUUGAGCCGGCAGUGCAUGUAGCCAUUGUUGGGGGAACAUUUCGUAGAGUUUCUCAAGGUCGUGUUCUCAAGCUGGAAGCCGUUGUGUCCUCUUUCUUCCCACCUGAAGUACUUCCCUCGUCUAUCGAAGACAGGUUCACGUGGACCUGUGAUGUGAAUGGCUCUCCCUGCAGCUUUGUCCCAUCUGUCUGGUCAGGCACCUAUACGGAUAACUUCAUUCCAGUUGAUACUCCAACAUUUGAGCUGGCUGCUAACACAUUAACUGCAGGGGUGAACUACACAUUUGUGGUCUACCUUCAGCAGAUUGGCUUUGGCAAUGUUGCGACAUUAUUCUACAGCCAAGUCAUCAAUGUUCUCAGCUCUUCAAUUCCAGAUGUCCGCAUUGUGUGUGCAAUAAAUUGUGGUUACAUGGUACGGCCCGAUGAGAAGAUGACGGUGAUUGCGGCGUGCGCCACGUGUGCCAUGCCCACAGACCUAACUUACCUGUGGGAGUUCACAGCUCUUAGCUCAAGGAGUAGGAGACAGAGUCUGGACUGGGGCACAGACACUGGCACCCUGGCUGACGAGGACGUGCUUGUUAUCAACCCCUCUGUCAUGGACCCGGGGCUUCACUACCGCCUCACUGUUCAUGGGACAUCAGCUGACGGGCUGGAGGGACAUGCUGACCUAACUUUUCAGACAACACAGGUGCUGGAUGGUCACUGCUGGGUCAGUCCUCAGUCUGGAAAGGCAAUGCAAACUGAAUUCAAGGUUACAUGCGAUGGGUUUGAGGGAAAUACAGCUUUAACUUACCAAGUAUUUCUGUCUGUGUCCGGCCAUGACAAGGAUCGAUGGACUUUGCUGGCUGAAAGUUACCUGACCACCCUGGACAUUGGGAUGUUACCAGUGGGUACUAAGGCUGGCUCCACCCACAAGCUGAAAGUUACAGUGCAGUCACAGAUGGGGACGGCCACAUCAGUCUACCUCACUGUCACGGUGCACGGACUGGGGGCUGACACUGACAGCACCUUAGUUAACUUGGUUCUGGGCACUAGAGAGGAUGAUGCCUCACUGUUGGACAGGGCAGACAUGAUGGGAAGACCUGAAGCUGUUGUCGGACUGAUGACAUCUAUUGUACCAGAACUGAACAGUGUGAAAGACUCGGGGAAUGUUGCACAGAAGACACAGAUACGAGAGAAGCUGGUAGAUGUAAUGGGUACGCUGGACACCAAUGACUCCAGUCUGAUACAGCCAACUGCUUAUGUCCUGGAUCUCCUGCUACAAACCAACAAGGACUCUGUGUCGGAGACAAUGAUGGACAAUGCUGCCAACAGCUCUGAGACGAUGACUUGGCGGUUUACGGAAGCAGUAAAGAGAGAGACACCAUUAAGCGCAGAAAAAACGGCCGAGUACCUGUUAAGUGGAGUGUGUCGCUUGCAAAAUAUGGUGACAGAAAAGGCUCGGGAUGUUAUAGCCAGAAGUGGUACGACUGACAGUUCCGUCGAUAAGAGCAGAAGCAUGACAUCAACUUGCCUGGAGCAGAAGGAGAACGUCCUGAGGGUGCUGGCUCGCCACAAAUUCCCGGGGGAGGAGUCCAGUCGCUUUGAGGGACAAGGGACGGUGAUGAUGGUUCGCAGGGAUACGCCCCUCUCCCUGACUGGAGAGGACGUCCUGGAUACUAAGACACACUUGGGCGGGUGCAGCAUUCCCUGGAAUGUGGCGGAUGUCACAGGAAAGCCGGUCACAGAGGUGACCACAGAGACAAUGAUUAACAGCUUUGAUCCCUACCCCUGGGGAGACAGUGACCUGGGGGUGCCUGUGAAUCAGUCCAGUGUCAGCUUAAAUCUAUUAAGUAAGGAGGACGGUCUCAUGGACAUAAGGGAUUUGCCCACUCCUCUAGAUGUGUUCAUACCAGUGAACAAAAAGGAAAGUUCCCAGAGCUGGGAAGGAGAAUUCAAGAUCAUGGUUUACUAUGACACUGACUCUGGCGAGGUGUUGAAAGAACCGAGUUUACCCAUGGGUCUGUCUGUGGCUUCUAAGAAGGGCUAUUUGGUGAUCGUAAAGCUUAUCCUGGGUGUGGCGGACUUACAGGUGGACAUGCUGGUUAGAGCAGGAGCGGCGUUAAAGGAAGACGAGGAGUUUUACCAGGACGGUGCCAAGAUUGUGACACUUCCACAUAAUGACAACCAAACUACGAGCACCGGUUCCAUCACUCAAGACAAGUACACUGUCUUCUUAGAAGAGGCAGACUAUGACAGUGCUUUGAAUGCCUACUGCGCCAGUCCUAACGCAACUUGCUCAGGUGGGACAGCUGACGGAAACCGCACCUUCUACCUGGCAUUUCUGCCGACCCCUGGUCAGGUAUUGGUGCCAGGUGACUGGGAUGGUGAGUGUUACAACUACACCUGUGCUGCUACCAUGGCUUUGGUGGAUACCCGAAUAUCUGUGCUGAGCACAGCCUGUGUGUUCUGGUCAAAGGAAGAAAAUAAGUGGUCCACACAAGGCUGUGUUGCUACUCGUCUAUCCACCCUGGAUCAGGUUCAUUGCUCAUGUACUCGUGUGGGCCUCUUCUCCAUGAGUUUGUUCGUGAUGCCAAACCAAGUGAACCCUAUCAAAGACAUCCUAUUGUUCCUCACCUUCUUUGACAAUCCUCUAUUGGUGUCUGUUGUUCUGUGUAUCUGGCUACUGUACUUUGUGCUCCUGAUUUGGACCAGACACAGAGACAAAUACGAUGAUUCCCUGUCCGGUGUGACAGUGCUGACAGACAAUCAGCCAGAUGACCGAUACAUGUACCUUAUUGGUGUGUCCACGGGCUGGUGGCGACAGGCAGAUACUUCAGCUAGAGUCUUCAUGUUCCUGGAAGGCGCCAUGGGGCGGAGUUCACGCCACGUGCUAUCUGAUGGGAGACGGAAGCGGUUUUGUAAGGGUGCAGACGACUGGUUCCUCAUGACAACUGUUGACAGUUUGGGAGAUUUGGAAUCGGUGACCGUCUGGCAUGACAACUCUGGUGCCCAUCCUUCUUGGUUUCUGAAGAGCGUGGUUGUACAGGAUUUACUGACUCAUGAUACUUGGACCUUCAUGUACAAUGAUUGGCUGUCAUUAGACCACGGACCUCUGCAAAUCCUAGUUACUUUGCCAGCAUUCAGCGCUCAGGAGAUUAGGAAAAACUCCACCUAUCAGUUCCUAGCAAAGUGGACUCAUGAUAUGAGAGACCAGCACCUGUGGUUCAGUAUCUUCGCCAAGCCUUUACAGAGUCCGUUCACACGCACGCAGCGCUUGUCGUGCGCUCUGGUUUUGCUGCUUACGGCCAUGCUGACCAAUCUGAUGUUUUAUGGGAUUCCCACAGAUAAUGUUGAGGAUCAGUUUGCUGUUCAAGGAUUGGUCUUCUCUGUGACGUCCAUUAUGAUUGGCCUGGAAACGGCGCUGAUUAUGUUUCCGAUUAAUUUCGUGUUGGUCCAGCUCUUUCUCAGAGUAAAGCCUAGAAUCAGGACAUCUGUCACAGACAGUUUCAAGAAGAGAAAAUCAUCUGCCAAAAAAUUAAAUGAUACAGCAGAGGAAAAACUGUAUGAGAAACAUGAAAGAGGAAUGUCCAAACAAAAUAACAAACUGAACUCCUCCAGAGUAGAGGAUGAAGCUGAAAAUAAGUCAGCAGAACACAAAGGGGACUUAAUGACAAGCACUUCAAAAGACAAAUCAUGCAAAAGCACUUUCAGGGAAAAUGUGAAUAACUCUGCUCGAAAAGCUGAAAAGAAUCAAGUUAACAUUACAGGAAAACCUCAGGAUUCUUCCUCUGACAAACCAGCAAAGUCGACAGAGGACAUAUCUGCAAAUGUUUCCACACCAGAGCCUGAGGACGUACAUGUUUCUUUCGUGAAGGAAGGACUUGACUCUCAAACUGAUGUCAACAAGUUCAAACCAACUGGUGUACCAGUGUCCACAAGUGCCAAUGCUGAAAAUGCCAAGAUGAAAAGUGUCUCGGUGAGUUCAAUACAGAGGGGGAAUGUGGAUAAAAGAGGACACCUGGACCAACCCCAAGGGUAUCAACCCAACCCUGCUCGUGCAGCCAGAAUGCUGCCAUGGUGGUUUGUCUAUAUCAACUGGCUGCUCCUCAUCUGUACAGCCUUCACUGCGUCUUUCUUUGUCAUGCUGUAUGGUCUCAAGUUUGGGUACAGUCGCAGUGUGCAGUGGGCCGUGUCUUUCUUUACCACCUUCUUCACCAGCGCAUUCAUUACGGAACCCUUCAAGGUCGUUGCAUUGGCUCUGCUUCUUACCCUGAUUCUGAAGAAACAUGUCACUGAUCAGUACCACAUAGUUAACAAGGAAGAUGAACUAGAAGAAAGCUUUGAGAAGCAGAGACGGGAAGGUUUUGAGACCGAGGAGAUUGCAGCGCCCCAAACCUUCACCCAGCGGGCCCUAGACGCAGUUCGGGAGCGGGUGCGGAUGCAGUGGCGAAUUCAGGAGCUGCUCAAAGAGUUGGCGCUAUACCUGUCGUUUGUGGUUGUGGUUGUGGUCGUUGCUCAUGGGCAUAAACAUGUGGACACGUGUUUCCGUGCCACAAAAUCAGUGGAGGACAUGUUUGUCCACGCCACGUACGUGAAUAACACCCAGCCUUUUUCAGAGGUGUCCACUGUGGAGGACAUGUGGGAGUACAUCAGUGGAUCGUUUCUGCCAAAUCUCUACGCCAUCCCUCAGGAGGCCCUCCCAUCCCAGAGUUAUCCACCCCUUUGUGCUAAUGGUGUAACUUUUCCGAUAGGACUGGCCAGGCUGCGUCAGAUUCGUAAAAAUCCAGAGCCAUGCGUGGGCGUGGUGGUUUCUAUCCCUGGUGUUUUAGGUCCGUGUAAGACCAUGGACUUUUACAGAACUGAGGACACAGCCAGCUAUUCUGAAGGCUGGAAGGGGGGAUUGGUCAGUUCCACAGGUCCAUGGGUGUACCAGUCAGCCUGGGAUCUUCAGACUAUCCCCUACAUGGGUCAGUACUCCAGCUACUCUGGAGGUGGUUAUGUGGCCGAGAUUCCAGACAGUAAUCCAGGCAGGGACAAUUUCAUCCACUCGUUACAGGCACUGUCCUGGGUGGACGCUAACACGAUGGUCAUAUUCAUCGAGUUCACCGUGUGCAACCCGAGCCAGAACUUGUUCAGCGUGGUGAUGCUGUCACUGGAGUUCAUAGGAACAGGUGAAAUCUUGCCCUUCCAUCAGAUUUUGACCACCAAGCUCUACCAUUACGGGACUGACUUUGAAAUGUUUGUUGCCGUCUGUGAAGUACUUUUCGUUUUCCAAACCACUUCCUUGUGUUAUAUAGAAAUAAAGCGAAGAAGGAAACUUGGGAGCUCACAGUAUUUCAAAGACCCUUGGAGUUACGCUGAAUUGCUGACUAUUUUCUUGUGUCUUGUAGCAAUUGGCAUGUACGUCCAGAGAAUUGUUUUUGUGGGCCGUGCUGUGACGGACAUGAGAGAGGGUCAAGGCCAACGCUUCGUCAACUUCUACACAGCAGGCCUCUGGGAUUUCAUACUUGGCUAUGUGUUUGCUGCCUUGGUGUUUCUGGUGAUCAUCAAAAUCUUCAAACUGGUCAGAUUUAACCGUAAGCUGACCCUGUUCAGUUUAACCUUACGACUAAGUGCCAAACCUUUAGCCAGUUUUGUGCUCAUGAAUUUCCUGUAUUUCAUGCCAUUUGUUCACUUGGGAUGGCUUGUGUUUGGGCCUUCUUUAGAGUCUUACAAGAACACGAUAUCGACAGGUCUGACCCUCUUUAACUUUGCCCUGGGCGAGUGUGACUAUCUCAGCCUUAGUUCAGUGUCAUCUUACGUGGCCCCAGUGUAUUUUCUCGUCUUUGUUUUUGCUGUUAUGUUCUGUCUGAUGAAUAUGCUCAUCACGAUGCUCAUGAGAGCAUUCAAACAGGGAAGGCUUCAGAUUGAGAAUGAGAAAAAUGAUUAUGAAGUCGUUGAUUACAUGCUGCAGCAAUUUGCCUUGGCCAUUGGACUCCACAAAAAGAAAAAAAAAUCCAAAGCUAAGAAGAAAAAAUCAGCAAAUGCAAGAUAAAUAAAAUACUGACUGUAUUUGGCGGUUCAGACUUUUGUUUCAGUGUCUGUUUUUGUUUAAUUGCUUUCUGUUCAUUGAUUUUGAUGAGAUAGUUGACAAUUAGAUUCCAGUACUACAAUCCUAUGAACUACCAUUGUAGUUCUGGCAGUGUUUCAGUCAACUACAUGUAGCUAUUACUGAAACAAACU